ACUUGAGGUCAAAAUUCAGAAUGGAACAUAUGAAAUUUAUAUCUGCUUCUCAAGUAAAAAAUGUUCUUACAUUUGAAUUGCUUAUUCCACAAAUGGAAAAGGCUCUUUCCAAAUUUUCAGAUAAAAAAGUUAUUCAACCUGUAAGAUCUGUUAUUCCUGUCAAGGAAUCUGGUGGAUUUUUUGGUUUGAUGCCAUCUUUAUGCUCUGAAGACAAUGUUCUUGCUACUAAACUGGUUUCAUUUUAUCCAAACAACAAGGAUUUCCCCACUCACAAUGCUGUUAUUGCCAUGUUUAAUGCAUCAAAUGGAGUACCUGAAGUUAUAGUUGAUGGUGAAGUAAUUACAGCUAUGAGAACAGCAGCUGUUUCUGCAGUGGCUACAAAGUUUCUUUGCAACAAAACCCCAAAGGUAUUGGCCUUAUUAGGAAGUGGUGUCCAAGCUAGAUCACAUUUUCAAGCACUAUCUACACUGUAUACAUUUGAAGAGAUUAGGGUAUGGGGCAGAACCAAAACUAAUGUUGAAACUCUUGCAAGUGAAUUAAAUGGAACAGCCUGCCAAACAGCUGAGGAUGCUGUAAAAGGUGCAGAUGUCAUAGUAACAGUUACUUCAUCAACCAUACCCAUACUGAAAAAGGAAUGGGUAAAACCAGGAGCACAUAUAAAUGCUGUUGGCGCCUGUAGACCAGACUGGCAGGAGAUUGACCCAGAAUUGAUGAGAUCUGUUUCCCUGUUUGUUGACAGUAGAGAUGCAGCAAUAGCAGAAAGUGGAGAUGUCAUACUGUCGAAGGCUGACAUUGAAGCAGAAGUCGGAGAGGUUAUUCUGGGUAAAAAUGGUGGAAGAAGAACAGCAACAGAAGUGACCUUAUUUAAAUCAUUAGGUCUUGCCAUUGAAGAUGCCUUGUCUGCCAAGCUUGUGUGUGAUCUUCUAAGUUCUUCUAAUUCAUCCUGAAGUUCUCCAUGAACUUUUUUAGAAGAUAUUUUUACUCUUCAAUUCCGGUGUAGCCAGAUAUUUAUAUGACUAACUUAUAAAUCAGAAAUUUUAUGAUCUUCAUUGGUGAUUAAUGAUUUUUCAGCUGGUGUUUGAGUUUUUCAGGAAAAGACAUGUAUCAUUUUAUGAAUAUACACAUGUAGUACUGAUUUGUUAUAUGUUGAAAAAUUUCAAUAUAAGAAUUAAUAAAAAAAAUGUGGAUUUGUACUAACAAAUUGAAGAUUCACAUGAAUUGUUUUGGGUAUGAAUUUAUUACAAUUGUGUGGAAUGUCUAUUUGUUUUACCAAAUAUUUAUAUCAUCUUGUAAAAUCUUUAAGGCAAACAUUUGUAUAGAUCGCUAAAUUUAAAUCAGUUCAUUGCCACAGUGGCAGAGGAGUCUAGGUAGUUCAACUAGUGAAAACUAUCAUGUCAACUCUUAAGGUUGCUAGUAUAACCCCCUCAUGGUGAGGAGUUAUUGACAAUAAGCAGUGGCGGAUCCAGGGGUUGGAAACCCCCUUUUUUUGGACGAUCAAUGAAUUUGAAUGGGGACAUAUAGUUGGAACACCCCUUUAUCCUGGGUUGGGAACCUCCUCCUUUUGAAAAUUGCUGGAUCAGCCCCUGACAAAGGAAUUCAACAUAGUAAGUGCCUAAACCUUUACAUGAGAUAAAAAAACAAAAAAGAAAUUAAAAAUUCUGUAAAAAUUUAACACUGAAAAGCAUUAUUCUGUCGAAAAAAUAAACUUUUGUGUUAAACUCAAUCUUAAAGUCUUCUCAUUAAAUAAAACAUAACCAGAAAUUAACUGGACACCUAUAUUCUGAUCAAUGUAUAAUUUUUGUUAAGUUUAUUUCAUGAAAGUGCUUUUGUUUUUAUGAUUGUAUUUUGGAUGCAUUAAUUUAUUAUUUGUGUCAUUUUAUGAAAGUCUUAAUUUAUUUGAUUUUACUGGAUUGGGAAAGAAGAUUUCACAAAAUAUAAAUUACUGUACACUAUUUUUUAGAGGGCAUUUGUAAUUGAUAAUUUUCAAACAAGGAUGAGUAAAUUAUUUAUAUUGAAAUAAAAAUUUGAUUU